AUGGCCUCUCCCACUGGCUACAUCUUUCUUAGGUUUCUCCUCUCUGGUUCUGGUUUUUGCUUCUUGCUUCUCUUUUCUUUGGAAAAGGGGCAUGCUCUUGAAAGAAGAGAGAUUCUAGAAAGUCACCAUCAUACUGUUCAAAUCAGUUCUCUACUACCAGAUUCUUCUUGCAAACCAUCGCCCAAAGGUGCCAACAAAAAGUCAUCACUGAAAGUUGUUCAUAGGCAUGGCCCAUGCUCUCAACUGAGUCGAAACAAGGGCAAUGCUCCAACCCUCACUGAGAUCCUUUCUCAUGACCAAGCCCGAGUCAACUCAAUGCACUUGCGACUCGCCUUCAACUCGGGCAAAACAAGUCUCCAAGACUCACAAGUCACCCUCCCAGCACAAUCCGGCAGCUCACUCGGCACCGGCAACUACUUCGUGACCGUCGGAAUUGGCACCCCAAAGAGAGACUUGUCCCUCAGUUUCGACACCGGCAGCGACCUCACAUGGACUCAGUGCCUGCCAUGUGUAAGUGUAAAAUCCUGCUAUCAACAACAACAACCCAUCUUCGACCCAUCACAGUCCACUUCAUAUUCUAACAUCAGCUGCAACUCAACGCUGUGUUCUCAACUCAACUCCGCCACCGGGAACACACCAGGUUGCUCGGCCUCCACAUGCCUUUAUGCCAUACAGUAUGGCGAUAAAUCUUUCACCAUUGGGUUCUUUGCACAGGAAAAGCUCACCCUAACAUCCACCGAUGUGUUUAAUACCUUCCUAUUCGGUUGCGGCGAGAACAACCAAGGACUCUUCCGCGGAGUUGCAGGUUUGCUUGGACUCGGCCGUGAUAAGCUAUCCAUUGUGUCACAGACUGCUCAAAAGUACGGAAAAUUCUUCUCCUACUGUCUUCCAUCGAUGCCGAGCUCCACCGGACACUUGACUUUCGGAAACAAUGGAGUUCCGAGCACUGUGAAAUUCACACCGCUGUCUAUAAACACACAAAACCCAUCAUUUUACUUCAUUGACCUUAAAGCAAUAAGUGUGGGUGGACGACAAUUAUCUAUCAGCCCAUCGGUAUUCUCAACCACCGGCACCAUUAUAGAUUCCGGAACAGUCAUAACACGCCUGCCUCCUGCGGCUUACGGCGCCCUGCGGACAGCUUUCCGGCGAGGAAUGACAAAUUAUCCAAUGACAAAGGCAGUAUCGAUACUCGAUACUUGCUACGACUUGAGUAAUUACACCACGGUGAACAUUCCAAAGAUUGGUUUCUUCUUCAGUGGAAAUCUGAAUGUUGACAUAGACUCGUCGGGGAUACUUAUUGCGGCGACUUCAACGCAGUUCUGUUUGGCCUUCGCUGGAAACAAUGAUACCUCUGAUGUGGGUAUUUUCGGGAAUUUUCAACAGAAAACGUUGGAGGUGGUGUACGAUGUGGCUGGAGGGAGACUAGGGUUUGGCUCAGGUGGGUGUGCAUAAACUGAGCUAAUGGCACCAUAAAACCUUUGUGAUAGGCCUUAUAUAAGAAACAUGGAUUGAAUUAAGCUAGAAAGGGUGUGUCUACAUUUACACGAACAUGAUGGGAAAUGAUAAAAAAAUAGUACUAAACACUUUGAAAAAAAAUAUCAGUGAAUUGUCCUCAAAAAUUGGUCUAAGUAUUUAAUCACCCUAGUGCUUUGGUAUUAAGUUAUCUUAAUGUUAUCCUUUUGGGAUAAAUCAACCUCAUGUUUUAUGAUAUUUUUAAUGAAUAUUCUUGUUGUUGGCGACAUUACAUUUUCUUUCUCUUUAGAUUUGUAUU